AGAAUCUGUUACUUGGGUGCUUCCUCUUCAUUACUCAUAUCACUAGGAAACACCGGUCCUGCGUGACUCCAGAGUUAGUUUAUUCCUGGGUGAAUACGCGAUCCCAAAGCUGAUGAAAUUCUCGCAGAUGAGAGAAAAGGUGGAGUCGUUUCCAGAAGGUGAUGAGUCUAAGCCGGAGGCCCGGGGUCUGACGCAGCCCCAGGCUGGGCGGGAGAACACGGCGUUAAGCGGCUGCGGGAUCGCCGGUGGCUCCCACCUCCACCCGAGCCGGGGCCUCUUCCUUUCCCUCCUCUCCCCCUCCCCUCCCCCCCGCCCCCUCAGGUCCGGGUCAUCAGCUCGGGCUCCGUCAGGACUCGGCCCGUGCGUCAGGGGGCGGGGGCGGCACGGCUGCCACGUCUGGACCGCCACGGCGCCGCGGGGGGCGCGGGAGAGGCGCGAGGAGGGGAAGCCGGAGCGCGAGCGGAAGCCGGAUGCGGAUUUGACGCCUCACCACCAGGUGAGCUGCGGUGCCGGCCGCGGGGCGGACGCGGUCCUCAUUGCAGUCAUGAAACCUGAUGAAACACCUAUGUUUGACCCAAGUCUAUUGAAAGAGGUGGACUGGAGCCAGAAUACUGCAACAUUUUCUCCAGCCAUUUCCCCAACAUACCCAGGAGAUGGUUUGGUUUUGAGGCCUCUUUGUACUGCAGAUCUAAACAGAGGAUUUUUUAAGGUGCUUGGUCAGCUAACAGAAACUGGAAUGGUCAGCCCUGAGCAAUUUAUGAGAUCAUUUGAGCACAUGAGGAAAUCAGGGGAUUAUUAUGUUACAGUUGUAGAAGAUGUCACUAUAGGGCAGAUUGUUGCUACAGCUACCCUGAUAAUAGAACAUAAAUUCAUCCAUUCAUGUGCAAAGAGAGGAAGAGUGGAAGAUGUUGUUGUGAGUGAUGAAUGCAGAGGAAAACAACUGGGAAAACUGUUAUUGUCGACUCUUACUCUGCUAAGUAAAAAACUGAACUGUUACAAAAUUACCCUUGAAUGUCUUCCACAAAACGUUGGUUUCUAUAAAAAGUUUGGAUAUACUGUAUCCGAAGAAAACUACAUGUAUCACAGGUUUCUAAAGUAAUGAUAGCAAGAAUCGUUUUUAGAAUGAAAACAAAGGAAUUUAUUGCAACUAGGCUAUUCUUUUAGAAAAUCAAAGUAUUUUAUUGCUGCAAAACAAGUGACACCUCCCUUGCCCCCAUAAAAUAUUGGACAAAAAUUUUAGUCUACAAGUUUGGCAUAUUAGAAGAUUAAAUUGGAUUGGUGGAGCAUGCUGUGAUAACAGACUAUAAAUGAAUGUUAUGAAGGAGAUGACUUUUAACCAAAGGAAUAUAUUUUUAACUUGAAAUUUUUCCUGUAUUUUUCUAAAAUUGGGUUUUAUUUCUUUGUAGUCAAAAUGUAGAGUAUCUGUUUACUAUCUUAUUUGUUUACUAUCUUACUUUUUAUUAAAAAGAAACAGAUUGUAUAAGAGAGUAUCCUGUAGUGUACAAAAUUGUUAACUAGUUUCCUUAAUUAUAAUAAAAAACAGAGAUGGGUUUAAUUGCAAGCUGACUACUUAAUAUUAAAUAACUCACUGAACACAUAUAUUUUGGGGAGGUAAUAAUAAUAAUGUUGGCAAACAUCAGAUUAUAGCUUUGUAAAAAAUUAAGAACCUUUCAUUUGAAGUAUUUUAAUUUGAUGAAAACCUAGUAAAUAUUUGGUGGAGGGAUGAAAUGAUAAGAUUCAAAGUAAGAAGUAGCUGUUUUACCUGUGAAAUUUAACGUAGAUCAUUUUAUCCAGCCAUGUCAAAUAUAAUUUAAUAUCCACUGAAUCUAGGCAUCUGAUAGAGGUACUACACAUUGUGUAAUAUCCUCAGUUUACCCCCUUUUGAAAAACAUCUGUCUCAUAGUUUUUCACUGAUAGAUACAACAUCAAGUCUCAGCUACCCUUUUGAUAAACAUUUUAUGGGAAAAUCACAUUGCUUUUGUUGCAUUCAUAAAAUUUGAUGGGGAUUUUCUCAGUGAUAAUAUGCACUUUUUAGUGCUUGCUGUUUUCUGAUUUUAUUUUUAAUAUCAAAUAAAAAUGUAAAAUUACUAUUCAGAUGAAUAGUAAUUCUGUUGAAUAGAAUUGUAAAAUUUUUCAUAUGUUCCCUUCUAAUAAUUCUUGAAUUUCUAGGUCCUCAGGUAACGGUCAGUGUUAUUUAUUAGCUGUUUGCAAAAUAAUUAAAGUUCAUCUGUUUUCAUCA